AUGCCUGACCAUUACGUGCGUGUCGUUGAGGUCCGGCCUCCUGGCCCACCGCCGCCGCCUUCUCUCCUUGCGCCCUCACCGGGACCACCUCCUCCGCUCCCGCUAAUGGUCGGCCCUGAUCCUCUGCCGCCACUACUGCCAGCACCAAAACGGAAGAAAAGGCGGGAGCUUACGUCGGAUAUGCGAUUCGAGGUGGACAUAUCCUUUGGCAAGCUUCGCAAGGUCAAGAAGCCUGUCGUAAAGGAAGUGGACACGAUCGACAUUGUUGAAGAGGACAUUAUUGCAGAAGAGGACGAAAUAAUAGCGAUUGAGGAGCCAGUCCGCUCAAGGCGCAGCGCAAGGCUGAUGCCUGGUGGGCGCGCACCGCCGGUACCUCCGCCGGCCCCAACCCCGCCCAGUUCCCGUGGUAGAUCUCCUAUGCCUCUACCUCGCCGGCAGCCUCCUUCACGGCAGAUUUCUCCCCGGCCUCCGCCUCCGCCGCCGCCACCACCACCACCCCCUCCCCCUGCGGCGCCAGCACCGGCUCCUACUCCUGUCACUCCACCUGCGCCUGCACCCGCACCAGCGCCUGUGCCUCCUGCUCCACCAUCUCCUCCGCCCAGUGAAACAAUCAUCAUCGAGCCGGAGCCAGACCGCGGUCAUCACCGACGAAGAGAGACGAUUGUCGUCCAGCACGAGCGUGGUCCAACAAGGGAGUAUUCCCGUCAUUCAUCACCACGCUCACCAUUCUUCGAAAGGCGAGAUCCAUCUCCUGCCUCUCCAUUUAGACGCACCGAACACGUCAUUGUGCGGGAAGAAUUUCGCGACGGGGACCGAGAACGUCGACCGUAUGGUACAAGAUCUCUUCGGCCAAGUCCCAUCAGCGGCAGUCCUCGCCGACAGUCACCGCGGGAACAGCGGUUUGAUGACCCGAUGGAGGCCGAGCGACGACAAAUGGCGUAUGAACGCAACCGCGUUGAUGAACUCGAGCACGAGUUUCGCCGCGCCCGACUUGAUGACGAUGACGAUGGAUAUCGCCAUCAGAAUUAUACUCACUACGGUCGACCUGACCCGCCUAGUCGUCUCCCGCGCAUUCCAUUUCGUCGCAACCCCUCGGCCUCACCCUCACCUGGUCGCCAGCCCCUUGUCCCUCUGCGCCGAGAUCCCGGCCCACCGCUUCGAAUUCAUCAAGGUAGAGACUUGAUCCCUCGAUCGUCUCGUGGCGAAGAUAUCCUCUCCCGCGGAGCGCGAGUCAUUGCCGAGGCCGGCAGAGUUGCUGUUCCUGCUCCUGGCCCUCCCCCAGCCCCACUACGCGGCAUUUUGCGUAACGCCAACAACAGCAAUAACAAUGCCAACCGUGACCGCGAGCAUUACAGAUAUGAAGAUGACGGAUACGUCGACGAUGGCCCGGCACAAGUUAUCAUCAACAACUCACAGGCCAGCAGGCCACGUGGUGCGCCAAGUGCAGGUGCUAGACCCGCAAUCCGUCGGCGCGAAACCAUUGGCGGCGGCGGCGGCGGCGGUGGUGGGGGACGUGGUAGUCUGGCCGGCCUGCGCGGAGGACGUCGAGAAAUCCGCGAAGAACGAGGCGGACGAGUCGUUCGCGAGCGCAUCGUAUAUGACGAUGAGUGGGUGAAUGGACGCCGACGCGAAUGGUAA